UUGUCAUGACAGCGGGGCUGCGUCCCGGGCGCUGGGUGGAGGCGGCCCGGGCUGCUCCUCGGCUGCCACCGCAGCCUGGGGUUGAGGCGGCCGGAGCCGGGGACGGCGACGGCGGCCCCCCCCGAGCUCCGCCAGAGGGAGCGACGGCCCGCGCGGGACCGUAGAACGUCGGCCGCGCCCCACCCCCCGCGCGCCCUGGGCGGCUGCGCCGAGAUCUCGCGUCGCCGCAGCCCAAGCCUGCAGAAUGCCCCACAAGAUCGGAUUCGUCGUGGUMAGCUCUUCUGGACACGAGGAUGGCUUCAGUGCCCGAGAACUGAUGAUCCACGCACCAACUGUCAGUGGGUGGAGGUCUCCAAGAUUCUGCCAGUUCCCACAAGAAAUUGUUCUUCAGAUGGUAGAGAGGUGUCGAAUAAGAAAGCUGCAGCUGCUUGCACACCAGUACAUGAUCUCAAGCAAAAUCGAGUUCUACAUUAGCGAAAGCUUGCCUGAGUAUUUUGUACCCUACCAAGCAGAGCGAUUUCGCAGACUUGGCUACGUCUCCCUCUGUGAUAACCAGAAGACCGGCUGCAAAGCCCGCGAGCUCAAGUCAGUGUAUGUGGACGCCGUGGGGCAGUUUCUCAAGCUGAUAUUCCACCAGAACCAUGUCAACAAGUACAAUACCUAUAACCAGGUUGCUUUGGUUGCAGUAAAUAUCAUUGGAGACCCUGCAGAUUUUGGUGAUGAAAGCAAUAUUACCUCUAGAGAGAAGUUGAUUGAUCAUUAUCUUGGGCACAACCCGGAGGAUCCAGCCCUAGAGGGGACUUACGCUGGGAGGUCUGACUAUAUCUCUCCACUGGACGACUUGGCUUUUGACAUGUACCAAGACCCCGAGGUUGCACAGAUCAUUCGCAAGUUGGAUGAAAGGAAGCGGGAAGCUGUCCAAAGGGAGCGUUAUGAUCAYGCCAAGAAACUGAAGCAGGCUAUUGCUGACCUGCAGAAGGUGGGCGAGCGUCUGGGGCGAUACGAGGUGGAGAAGCGCUGUGCGGUGGAGAAGGAGGACUAUGACCUAGCCAAGGAGAAGAAGCAGCAGAUGGCCUGCUACCGUGCACAGGUGUAUGAGCAGCUGGAGCUGCACGGCCUCCUGCAUGGMGAGCUGGAGAUGCGGAGGCCCCUGGACUUGCCCCUCCAGCCCCUGGAUCAUUUCAGCAGUCCUCACCGCCGAAAGCCAGCCCCCUCACUGCCACAGCCAGAAGAGGUGGCCCCCGAAAGCCAGCUUGCCCACCCGCUUCUGCAGGAAAAGCCUUCCUCGAGCCCCCUGGCUCCUCCUCCGCGGCACACUGYAGUAGACCAGCUGCUGCCUGCCUCGGGCCCGCCUCCAAGGAGCAACGUGGACACCCUGCCCUACGACGAGCGGCCCCUCCCCGCCCCCCGCAAACAGCAAGCAGAAGUGUUGACAGAACCCGACGUAGGCGAGGCCGACCUGGGCACCCUGCGAAGAGGAGGUGUGGCCGGGGAGCCUGAGCCCCUGAGCGAGAAGGCCCUGAGGGAAGCCAGCUCCGCGGUGGACGUGUUAGGAGAAACCCUGGUUGCCGGGGCCUAUUCCAAGACCUGGUCCUGCCGAGAGGAUGCGCUGCUUGGUCUGUGCAGGAGGCUGAUGGAGGUGCCUGUGGGAACCCCGAAGGAAGACGUGAAGAGCAUGCUGAGAGCAUCUGUCUUUCUUGUCAAAAGAGCCAUGAAGGACAUUGUGACCUCGGUCUUUCAGGCUUCUUUGAAAUUACUGAAAAUGAUGAUUACACAGUAUAUUCCCAAACAUCAGCUGAGCAAGCUUGAGACCACCCACUGCGUGGAGAGGACCAUUCCUGCCUUGCUUGCCAGGACCGGAGAUUCCUCCACCCGCCUGCGCAUCAUGGCUUCAAAUUUUAUUCAGGAAAUGGCCUUGUUUAAGGAGGUGAAGCCUCUCCAGAUCAUCCCAUCCUACUUGGUGCAGCCUUUAAAAGUCAACUGUUCGGCUCAUCUGGCCAUGAGUCAGAUGGACCUCCUGGCCCGGCUGCUGAGGGACCUGGGCACCGGGAGCACGGGCUUCACGGUGGACAGUGUGAUGAAGUUUGCAGUGAGCGCCCUGGAGCACAGAGUGUAUGAGGUCCGAGAAACAGCAGUCAGAAUCAUUCUGGACAUGUACAGGCAGCACCAGGCUCUCACCCUGGAGUACCUUCCUCCGGAUGACAGCAGCACACGCAGGAACAUCCUCUAUAAAACUAUUUUUGAGGGAUUUGCUAAAAUAGACGGCAGGCCCACGGAUGCUGAAGUGAAGGCACAGAAAAGAGCAGCCACAGAAGAAGCAGAAAAACAGAAGAAGGAAGAGAUCAAAGUUCUGCAGGGGCAGUUGGCCGCGCUGCAGGAGACGCAGGCCCACGUCCAGGAGAAGGACAUCGAUACCGUGAGGCCCAAGAAUCAGGGAAAGAAAGCAGUCCCACCUGAGGAUCCGGAAAUUCCAGAUAACCACUACCUGGACAACCUCUGCAUUUUCUGUGGGGAGAGGAGCGAGUCCUUCACAGAAGAGGGCCUGGACCUGCACUACUGGAAGCACUGCCUCAUGCUGACCAGAUGCGACCACUGCAGACAGGUGGUGGAGAUCUCCAGCCUGACAGAGCACCUGCUGACAGAAUGUGACCAGAAAGACGGGUUUGGCAAAUGCCACCGCUGCAGCGAGGCCGUGCGGAAAGAAGAGCUGCCCAGGCACAUAAAGGCGAAGGAGUGCAACCCUGCCAAAUCAGAGAAGCUGGCCAACCGGUGUCCUUUGUGCCAUGAGAAUUUCACACCUGGAGAAGAGGCAUGGAAGGAGCACCUGAUGGGCCCUGCCGGCUGCACGAGGAACCUACGCAAGACACACAUCCUGCACAAGGCCCAGGCUGCGCUCCCAGCAUCUUCCACGUCUGCUGACCCACCAGAAGCAUCCCACGUACUCCGCAGGCCCAGCCCCUCGGCCAGGUCUGUCCUCCAUCCUUCCUUGCCAUACUGUACCUGGGACCACAAGUCCACCUGUUUCCAGCAGUUCACACCAAAGCGCUGCUCAGGAGAUGACACAGCUCCUCCACCCUCCCCACAGGAGGCCUCGGCUUCCUUGUUAGACCUGCUAUUUCCCACAGCUGCGUGGAGAGGCCCAGGACCAUCUGGAACCUGCCGGAAAAGCCCCAGAACAUCCUCACCUCAUGAUGCUGUCUCUGCACCCAGGUGCCCAGUCCACCAGUGGCCAGGGUUGUGCUUGCUCCCUGAGGCCACACAGCAGGCUUUCAGAAUGCCACUUAGGAGUGUUUGGACUGAGGAAAUGAGUAUGGUGCGAUUAGUGUAUGAGUGUUUUUAAUUCCCAACCAUGUGAAACCACAAAAGGUAUGGUAACCAACAGCCUCAUGAGCCCCGACUCCUGGGUGUGUUAAUAACCAUUAAUCACUUCAGUUCCCAAAUUAGUACCUCCAUUAGGGUUGUCUCGGAGUACUGGGUGAGAACAAGGCCUACCUAUUAGACAUCUUUCAGGUGUGGGACACGGCACAGCAUGGAUGCCAGGACGUCCAACAUGCUCCUUCACUUCCAACAUGGCGGCCUUGGUUUCUAACUGCCGCCCCCCCCCCCCAGUACAGGUGAGACACUCCUUUAAGUAAAAUGAGAAAAGUUAACCAAGGAAUUAUUCUUUUCUCUUUGAACAAAACUUCAGAAAGAUACAUGUAAUGUUUUCUGCUCUAACUUAAAGAAGAUAUUUGUAAAAAUACUUCAUUUUUAGUGAUUGAUCAACAAAAUURGGCUCCUCCUCUGCUCUUUUGCUGGUGACAGAAGAAUCAUGUGCUUUGCUGAAAUGAUCCUAGCAGUGAGGAGUGGCCACUGAAGUUUUCACAGUUACACACUAUCCAGGGACCAGGAAUAAAGGGAGAAAAUAUAAAUGGAACCACAAGAUCCCUCAGCCAUUCAUAAAUAAAUAUCUAAAUUCAGAAUACUAAUUAAUAAUUGAAUUUUCAUUUAUGAAUAGGUUCUGGAUAUUUAAUUGUAUUUAUUAUUUUCUA